AUGCAAGUUUCUGUUGAUUUUGGGAAACUUGGCAUUAGAUACUUUUUAAUUGCAUUGGUUAUAUUCCUAUCUAUUAUCUCUAGCUUCGGAGAAAAUAGUCAUGCAACAGAAAUCAAUAUGUUGCCAAGAAAUCGAACUGAAAUCGAUAAUAUUAAAAAUAUAUCAUUAGAAUACGAAAAUAACAGAUUUGUUGCAAAGUUUAGAUGCGAUUAUAUCUUUGAUAUUUCACUUUCACAGCAUUUUGAAUUAAUAAGAUUAGAUAUUGAAAUGGCCGGCUUAGUUUUUGUAAUACAGACAAAUGAAAGUAAUAAACUAUCAAUGGACAAACAAGUGACAUGGUAUUACGAUUGCCCAAUUAAAGGAAAUGCUACAGUAAAAUUAGUAAGAUCAAAAACAGUUCUAAUCGAAAAGAAUUUUACAAAUCUUAUGCCAACAAAGGAAAAUAAUGCUACAAUACACUGUAGUGGUCUUACAGAAGAAACUCGUCAAUGUGAAAUUUAUCGAACUUGCUUCACAGAUAAUAUAAUAUAUUAUCCAUCAACGCAUAAAGCAAGAUUCCCUAAUCCUCUCAUAAGAUUCUCGAAAUCACAAGUAAUGAGCGCAAAGAAGAUUUCUGCGGAAGAAAAUGAAGAAAUAUUAUCAAAGAACGAAAUACGAUCAGGAUUAUCGCUAAUUGUUAACAUAGGCUUUUUCGAUCCUUUAUCUUGGAAUUGGAUCAAGAAUGUCGGUGCUCCUUUAGCAGAAUUGAUAAAGCACUCAAAAGAUAUCGUAAAAGUACUAGGAAUAGGUACUCCUCGUAGCAUUGUUGAUUCUAACCUGGUUGCAAUGUUCGCAGAUGUUCUUCCAGUGACAAAUGAUUAUAAUUGUGUUGAAUCAUCAUUAAUUAGACACUUAAGACCAUCGGAUGCUGCUUUGAAUACACUUAGAGACAUAAUUUUGAAGGAAAUACCUUUUGAUCCAUAUGAUAGCAGAAUACCAAAGGCAAUUGUGUUAAAAGGCGGUCCGAACUCUGUAGAUUUCACAAAUAUAGAAGAAAUUGCUAGCCAGAUUUCGCAUGAAAAAAUAACUAUCGUUGAUUUAGAAUCAACUACAGAUUUCGCUUUGGCAAAAAUAGUUGCAAACGCAAAAUAUGUCUUUUCGUCAUCAGGAAUUCAUACAUCACAAGCCUUUUGGAUUAAAAAUGGAACUUUUGUUGAAUUUUCCCCAGAAGGUUAUGAAUGUAUGGAAAAUGGAAGUGCUGCUGCUCGUGCUUCAAAUUCAACCUACUAUAGAUAUGUUGUAAAACAAAAUGGUACAUUUAAAGCUGAAUCUGAUUAUCCAUGUGUAAAUUCUAAAAUUGUUGAAGCCCCAGAACAGAAAUAUAGGAUCAGUAAGUUCGAGUUUAAAUAA